ACUCUCGUUCUGUGGGUGUGUUGUUGCUCGUUUAUUCGACGGAUUCGUUCUCCCUUUUCUCAGAUUCAAUGGUUGCUCGUUUCUUCGAUUGUUCUCUUGCAAACACGACUCCGUUCUUCGACUAUUGUUUGCUCGUCGUCUUCUGAUUCUAUGGUUUCGAUUUUGUAGUUAACGGCGGUGUGCUCGGUUUUUUUCCAUGUGAUGUAAUUUAAGCUCUUAAUUCAUUUGUAUAAGUGAUUUUUGUAUAAGCCCGUGUGUGUAUGUAUAUACCAAUAAUGGUAUAACAGUAAAAGAUGUAAAGGAUGUUCCAUAUGUAACGAUCUCCUUUCCCCUUUCUCUGAUCUCUCGCCUGCGUCUCCCUUCUUUGUUUUCUGGGUUACAGUCACGCGGCCUCCAAGCAAACCCACUUGCUCCUCCUUUUUGCUUAGAUUCUCGAGUAUAUAAGUAUCUCUUGAUUCUCUCUCUUCUGGUUCUGGUGUUGCUUAUCACAGAAAGAUGGAGUUUUGUCAGCUGAGUGUAUUUGGACGAAGCGGAUCUCGAGCGGUCGAGCUGUUGUGUCGUCGUCGGCGGAGAUGGAGGCAAACAAGGUGGAGUUGAAGGUGUACAAUUCGAUGACGCAGCAGAAGGAGGUUUUCAAGCCGAUCGAGCCCGGUAAAGUCGCCAUGUAUGUCUGUGGUAUUACCGCCUACGAUUUCAGCCAUCUCGGCCACGCUCGUGCCGCUGUUUCCUUCGACAUCCUUUACAGAUACUUACUGCAUUUGGGCUAUGAAGUUACAUAUGUCCGGAAUUUUACAGAUGUUGAUGACAAGAUAAUCAAACGUGCUAAUGAGCAUGGGGAAAACCCAUUAGAUUUGAGCAAUAGAUAUUGUGAAGAAUAUCUUAUUGAUAUGGGUGCGCUUCAAUGCCUUGUUCCCACCCACCAGCCUUGUGUCAGCAGCCAUAUGGAACAGAUCAUAGAGAUGAUAGAAAAGAUCAUAGAGAAAGACUGUGGGUAUGUAGUGGACGGCGAUGUGUUUUUCUCUGUUGAUAAGUCACCAAAUUAUGGCCAAUUAUCUGGGCAAAAGCUGGAGCAUACCAGAGCUGGUGAGCGUGUUGCUGUUGACUCAAGGAAGCGCAAUCCAGCUGACUUUGCCCUAUGGAAGGCUGCAAAACCUGGUGAGCCACACUGGGAGAGUCCUUGGGGUCUGGGAAGGCCUGGGUGGCACAUAGAAUGUAGUGCAAUGAGUGCCCAUUAUCUGUCUCCAAGAUUUGACAUUCAUGGUGGUGGCAUAGAUCUGAUCUUUCCUCAUCAUGAGAAUGAGAUUGCACAAUCUUGUGCCGCUUGUGAGAACAGUGGUGUGGCUUACUGGUUGCAUAACGGGCAUGUCACUAACAAUAACGAGAAGAUGUCAAAAUCAUUGGGCAAUUUUUUCACAAUUCGAGAUAUCACUGCUAGAUACCAUCCGCUGGCGCUGAGACACUUCUUGAUUAGUGUACAAUAUCGGUCUCCUCUAAAUUAUUCUCUCUGGCAGCUGGAGAGUUCAUCGGAUGCGUUGUAUUAUAUUUAUCAGACUUUACAAGAUCUAGUGGAUGCUCUGUUGCCAUAUCGAGAAGCAAUGUCUAAAGAUGGGGGAAAGGCUCAACUAACUUCAGAAGCAAAAGACAUCAUGGACAAGCUAAAGACCGAGUUUGAAGGUAAAAUGUCAGAUGACUUGAACACGGCCCAUAUACUUACGGGUGCUUUCCAGGAUGUAUUGAAAUUCAUCAACAGUUCACUGGGCAAGCUCAAGAAAAUGCAACAGAAGCAGCGCAUGUCACUGACUCUGUCCCUCACCGAGGUUGAAAAAGCAGCGAGGGAGAUCCUGGACGUACUCGGCCUGCUGUCUAACCUCAGCUACGGAGAGUUUCUGAAGGAAUUGAGGCAAAAGGCACUGGUAAGGGCGGGGGUGGAGGAAGAAGACAUAUCACGGAUGAUCGAGGAGAGGACAAGAGCCCGGAAGAACAAGGAGUUUGAGAGAAGCGAUCAGAUUAGAGCGGAGUUAACGGUCAAGGGAAUAGCACUCAUGGAUGUAGGGAGGGAAACCGUAUGGAGACCGUGUGUCCCGACUAAACAAGAAGACGAGAAACCGGAAAUAAAAGAGCAGCCUCCUGCCGAACAAGAGAAGAAAUCGCAGCCCGAGUCAAGUUAAACCCUCAGGAUGCGGUGGUAUUGUAUGUUGUUACUCUUCUAACCCUAAGAAUUUUGUUAUGCAAUACCUCAGAAGGGCUUUUCCUUGAACGCACAGCCAUUUCACUGUCUCUGGUAAGAAUAUAACUAUCCCGUCACAUGUUCAGGUUACAUUUUACGUUUUACAUCAAUUGGAAGAUAGUGGUGUUGA